GUGGCCCACCUCCCAUCAGCCCCGAUUUAUGUGCUCUGCUUUGCCCUGCUCCACCAGCCCAAGUUCCCAACGCAACCGACUGCCCUCUCUCCUAUCUCUGCUGCAAUGGCGAGAACAGCAGCCGCAUUCCUCCUCCUGGCAUUGGCAACCCUCGUCAUUGGCCCAGCGGCCGCCGACUGGAACAUUCUGAACGAGUGGAGGGGAAGCCAUAAUGGAGAUACCUUGAAGAGCUACUGCGAGAGCUGGAGGAUCAAUGUUGAGCUGAACAAUAUCAGGGAGUUCGAUGUGGUGCCCCAAGAAUGUGUCGAUUAUAUCAGAAAGUACAUGACUUCUUCUCAGUACGUUGCCGAUUCCCAUCGGGCUGUGGAGGAAGUCAUCGUCUACCUCAGCAGCUGUUGCUCCUUGAAAGGAGAUGGGAAAGAUGCUUGGAUUUUCGACGUUGAUGAUACGUUGCUUUCCACCAUACCUUACUACAAGAAAAAUGGGUUCGGGGGUGAAAAGCUGAAUGCAACUUUAUUGGAGGCAUGGAUGAGUGAAAGCAAGGCGCCAGCUCUUGAGCACACCCUCAAGCUCUUCCAUGAGAUUAAAGACAAAGGGAUUAAAAUCUUUCUGCUCUCUUCAAGGAAAGAAACUCUAAGAUCUUCCACUGUUGAUAACCUUAUCAAGGAAGGGUACCAUGGAUGGGCUGAUCUCUUCUUAAGGGGUCUUGAUGAUGAAUUCAUGGAAGUGCAACAAUACAAGUCCCAGGUGAGAAAAAAACUGGUGAAUGAAGGGUACCGCAUAUGGGGCAUUAUUGGAGAUCAAUGGAGCAGCUUGAAGGGUCUCCCCUCUGCAAAAAGAACAUUCAAGCUACCCAAUUCCAUAUAUUACCUAUCCUAAGAUCUAAGCUACUGCAAAAUAUUCCAUGUUCUAUAUAUCUAUUUCUUUCUUAGGACAUCAAAUUCAACCAUCCUUGUCCUUGAUUGAAUUUCAUAUUUUUUACCAUUGUAUGCGGCCUACAGGAUCAUCUAUGUUAUUUUGUACUCAAUUAUGUCUCUGUAAGCACAUUAUCCUUGAUUGAGUUAAAAUUAUUUUGCAAAGCCUUGCGAGCUAAAAAGUGCAAGGUGAAGACAAAGUGCACUCGUCACCGUUCACCUCUCAUUGCUCGCCGGUGACGGAGUUUAGACCACCCUGUUGUGGUUCUAGACGGAUUUUCUCACCCUUCUUUGUCACAAUUCGAUUCGAUUCUUUUCUGGGUUCACUUCUUCAUCGAGUUCUAGGUGAAAAUUCUAUGCGCCAGUUUGUUGUUUUGCUUAAUUUUGCUUUUCCUGAAGGUAGAAUCUUAACUAGAUCGGUUUCAAUGGAGUUUACUUAGGUUUGAUGUUAUUCGAGCUGUAUUAGGUCGGAAUUGAAUUUAGUUGUCUCUGUUUUUGGUGGAUGUUUUGUUGGGUAAUGGGUUGGUUUUAUAUCAUUAUUUGCUGCUCUAUGCACGGGUUAUUGUGUGUUUUUGAGUUUUCUUUUCUGCUGUUGUUUGUUGGAGCUUCUGAUACAUCUGAUAUUUGCGCUUAGAUGGUGAACUGGUUUAUUGAAUCUGGGAUUUCAAUCAAAUGUGAUUGAAUUUGGUCUGACUGAGGUUAUUGCUCUAGACGAGGUUGGACGGUGGAAAAUUAUCUAGCCAAUUCCUAUAUGUUGGGGAUGUGUUCUCUUCCUUUGACACUUACUGCCCCUUUCCUAUUUGAUUUAACAUGGUAUAUUGCAUGUUGGGGUGGCAACAGAACUGUAGUCAUCAUGAAACAUGAAAAGGUUCCCUAUGGUUGAGAAUAAAUAGUGCUUUUUGCA